CUAAUUACUACAUAAUUAAUGGUAAGUACAACUUGUUUCUAAUAAAAAAUGGUAUCUGCUCUAUUUUUUUUUUCUUUUUUGUAUUUUUGCGGUGAGGAGGCCCGUGACAGGCGUGUCAUAAAUGUAUAUGGCCCCCAGGCUGAAAAAGGUUGGGCAUCACUGUUCUACGUUAUAAUUCACACAUUAAAAAUAUAUAUCAAAACAUACUAGAAGAUUUCUUCAAUAUAAAAGGAUUCCAAAAUACUUGCAGAUACAAAACUAAGUGACCGGAAGUUGCCUGUCAAUAACUUUAGCUUCCAUGCCGCCGACACGAGUUCAGUCACUAUCCCACUUUGCGCACCUUGAGUUGGCUGUCCUUGCUAUUUAUAGUCUCUGUUCUAAUGUAUUUUUGUGUAUAAAUUUUCUAAUAUCAUUUAAUUUAUUUUUUGGAAAAGAACUUCACACUUUAACCUUAAACAGAGGUCAAAGAGAAUUUUGUGAAAGGUGUGAGUGUGCACAUGAACACUGGUAUAUGUGAAAAAUGUUCAUGAACAAAAAUGCAAAUGUUUGCAAUUACAUUUCAACAGUUUCCGAACAACUUUAGGUAGGCUCACCAUGAAUUCACAUGGAUCAUUACGGAUGUCAAUACAUACAAGAGAAACUGAAAAAAAAAAAAAUUCCAACCCAAACCUUACCAUAAAGUCCGACACUACUCCUAAUACUAAUCCUUACCCCCUUUUGCAGUUUAGACAAAGUGUCAUAGGCAUUGUCUACCCUCCUAAAGUUUAUGACAUUUUUUUUUUUUGGUGUGAUUCGUAAUUCUAACAGUGUUAAUAACUUAUGAUCGAAAACAGUAUGUGCUAUAGGUAACGCUGAGCAAAGGUAUCGGUCGGGCUGAUGAGACUGAACAGAAGAGAGCGGGGUUAUGGAAUUGUGUCAUUAAUGAACUGCGUUUAAUGAACUAGGUAAUAAGGAUAUUUUUUUUGGGGGGUGGGGGGUGGGGGGUUAUCAGUUAACAUUACGAAAGACAGGUAUCAUGACAUUACGUGUAAAACCCGUAUAACUCAUUAUUUAGUACUAUAUGAGUGAAUGCAAUUUUUAUUUUUCAGAUCCCUACAUUCUACUGAUGUAACAUUUUAUUCCUUCUCGCUUCCGAUGCAGUUUGUAGAUAAGUCCUUAUAUAUUCGUUCAAAAGUAGGGCACGGACAAGAUGGUGUUCUCUGGUUAGUUUAUGGCAUUUUUCGUAAAACUUGCCAAAUGAGAAAUAGGCUAGUGUAACCAGUGUCAGAAAACUUACAAGAGCGUCCACGUCGAUAGACACCGAGGCCGCCAUGUUGUUUAGAGUCAUUCAGCAGUCAAAGUGUUUGUGCUGCUAGGGCAAGUCCUAUGCAUUGUUACAAAACCCCGUCUUCGUGCCGUGUGUUGUUUAUUGGAAGACGACAUGGCGUCUUUUGCAACACGUGGAAAGCUGCUUCUCUCCAAACUUCGGCCUAACUCCCCCGACAAGCUCAAUAAUACAAGGCUGGGACGGAUCGCCCAGUAUUUCCUGAAUAUUGCUGUUGACUAUAAGGCUGCAGUUAGCGAGAUGAUUGCAGAUAUGCGGUCUCACCCAGGAAAAACAGCCGUGUACGUGUCUGUGCUGACAGCAGCUGCAACCCUUGCUAGAACCAAUCCAUCUGAAACCAGCUUUCAUGUAGCUGUCACUGAAAGUGCUCACGAGCUUCUGCUUCUUGGUGAGUCCAUAAGAAAUCAUCAUUCUGAUGACCAUGUUCAGAGUCUCCUGCAGGCCAGUCUGAAUGGUACCUUAAGGUACAGCAACUGUGGACUCUUUUCUCUCAUGUGGAUUGCUGACUGCAGUCCUGUGGUUAACACAUACAAGUCCCAGUGCAAGCUUGUGAAACCUCGGUGGUCUCAAUUCCAUCAGCAUAUUGUGGAUAUUGGCAUUUUGGGACGAUGGCAUAAGCUGUACCAGGCUAUGCAUGACUAUGAUGUCAACAUGGAGGAGUGGGAUGCAACGGGCAAGAAGAGGACUCUUGCAGGAAAGGAUGGUGAUGCUCGUUAAACAAAGAGACUCUUGCCCUUUAAGGAAACGCCUGCAUGGGGCUCUAGUUAUGAAGAGUUGUUUCAAGGAAAUGCAUCUCAUUUUCUACAGAUUCCAGCACCCUAUGCAUCCCAAUUUUCAGCUACUCCCUUGUGGUAAGUGUUACAAAGUGCCACUUGUGGGAAGAAACACCGGAGGUCUUUCAUGCCAGUAACCGUCUUUGUCCUCAGUAAGAGGCACAGGGACUUGUAGAUUCAUGUAUUCUUAUCGUUGUUUGGGCAGCAGGGGCGUGAGCCUGUGUGCAACAUUCGACUUGGCGUUUUUGAGUGACCCAAAGAAAUUUCUGGUCUGUCUGCCUUGUACAGACUGUAAAGAUCAGCUUAACUGUCAGAUUCAUAAAUAAGCUCAAAUUGUAGCUUUACAAAAAAAAAAAAAUCGGUUUUCAGUCUUUCAUGAUUUGGUGAUCCUCAAGUUUCUUAAUUACCAGUUGCAAACAAAGUCCCAGUCUUGACAUUUGUGUUACUCUAUUUUGGGGGCAUUCAUCAUACACUCUUUCCAAAAACUUUCAUUGAGACAUUAUUUGGUGAACUCUUUUGGUGGCAAGAAAGUGCAACAAUAAUGGGAUAAAAUCCAUAUUUUUGCUAAUGAUCUUGUCAAUAAGUAGUGAGAAUAUUGUCUUUUUUACUUUAAAGUCAGCACCACUCUUUAAAGGUAAGGAUGGUGUCAGACAUGCAAGUGGAGGCUUUGUAUUUAAAAUGAUGGUUCUUAGCUGCAGGUAGUUGUGUACUUGUGCAGUCUAGCAGUAAAGAAAACAAGAGAUUACUGAACAUAUUGAUCUGGAGGCCAAAUGGGCAUGGAUAUUCCAGUUUUGUUCAAUAUUGUAAUUAGAUAAAUGGUUUACCAAGGAAAAAAUGUUUUGAGUAAUUGGGAGAUCAGUAAAUGUGAGAAAAAUCGAGGCAAACAAGACUGCUUUUGUUCAGGUUUUCCCUUAAUAAAAGUCCUGAAGCUGUGUGUAGCCUGGUUGAGAAGUUGGCUGUAAAUAGCAAGAACUAGCCGUGAUGCGGAGUUUUGGUUGUUGUUGAACCUCAUAAUUGCAGAUUCUGAGUAAAAUAUGUUUAGUUCAACCAAAACUGAACUUUUUAUCUGAUGGUAUAGUGGCACAUUCAGUAAAUGCCAUUUUUGUGGUGUUCGUGAGUGGCAGACACUAUAAACUGUAACCACCACCACCACCUCUCAUUUGUCAACGAAAAUAUUUUGAUCAUUUAAUGCUUACUCAAGGAAUGUCAUUGCGUCUAAAUAAACAAGUUUGACCUUUAUUUAGCUUUUUGUUUUGCUAAUGUAUACAUUUUUAAUGUUGCUUGUCUCGAGUUCUUUCACAUCUUGCCUGACCAUGAAUAUUGUGUCCUGCUAUGCCAGCAAGUUAACCCGUUUUGGCAAAUCAACCAGCUACUUCCCAAGUGAAUGCAAUUUUACCCACGGUUAAACUGCAUAUGCCCAUGAACAUAAGCUGUAGAUAUUCCUUCACAUUUUGAGCAUUUACCUGUUGACAUCUUAGAAACUUUAAGCAAAAUCAAUUUUACCAAAGGUUACCUGAUACAUAAACAAAGAGUGAAGUUGCUAUGGUAUAUUUCUGGUCACAUAUAUAGCCCAAACCUGCAGCUGGAGUACAAUAAGGUGGUGGUGGAAAACUGAUACAGUCGGCUAGAAAUUAGUGCGACACGACUAUUUUCUACAACCGUUAAAGCCUGAAACUGGAGUGACAAGGCUGGAUAGACUACAUUUUAACUGAAAGCAAUAAUGUUGUGUGCACCCAAGUUGUUGUACCUUCUGCUGCACGCUUACCCCUCAUUACUAUGUAUCAAGGAGUAUUUUCUUUUUGAAGUUUAACCAAAUUUAAGUUACCCCAACAAAUUUAAAUGUGAUUUUUUUUUUUUUUAAAUUACAAACACCUUAUACAACCCCAAUAUCUUAAAUAUAAUUCCAGUGAAAACUUUGAUUGUUGAGCUGAUGAGUGCAGUGGAAAUGAGCGUUGUUGUGAUGGCAGACCAGAAGACAGCAGCAGGAGAUAGAAGGCACAGAAAGGAGAGAGAGCAGGGUUUUAUUUCCCUCAUCCAGAAUGUAGCAUCAUCCAUCAAGCAUCAGAAAGAAAAACUAUACAUCGAGAGAUAUAAGUGUCAAGAUACACAGUAAAACUAACAUCUACAUGAAAAACAUUUAAGAAGAAUGAGGACAGAUGUUCACAAGUGGAAAAGAGAAUCUAAUUAACAAUCAAAACAGUCCAAAGUCAAAUGUUUUGCUGGUAGGAGGGAUAACAAGGCAAACAGUGAAGGACAUGACCAUGAGGAGGUGCUCAGAAGCCCACUGUCACAGAGGAAGAAAAAAACAAAAGAGCUUUGGCACAGGCUAAGCUCAGUGGUCAAUCUAGGCGCAACACCAGUUCAUCUGAAGGUUUUAUUACAAAAUGGUAUUUAAUAUCAUAUGAUUGCGCAAUACAAUUCAAUUUCUGUAAAUCUGUUCAAUUGGUACAUUUUUUUAAACUUUAAAACAAUGAGGCAUCUUUUGUAAAUAAACUGCAAAGCUUCCCUAAAAGAGGAUUUUGCAGUGACAUCCAAUAAAUAAAAAAAGAUGUUAAUAUUGAUUCAGUCGGGUUUUUU